AUGAGACACGGGGGUCACAGCGGGAUAAACCCCGCGGGGGGUGGGCGGGACACGAGGGUCGCGCCGUGUCCCCACGCGCGGGGUGGGCUGUCGCACGGCUCGGUGACACGGCGGGGGUGGCGGUGCCCCGGGGCUGGGUGUCGCCGCUCGGCGCUGGGGGUCGGGCGAGCCGGGCGUUGGCGGCGCGCGCGCGGGGCGGCGGGGGCGCGCGCGGCGUGUCGUGUCGUGUCGCGGCGCGUCGCGGUGUCCGGCGGCGCGGGGCGCUCGGCCCGGUCCGGUCCGGGUUUUGCCGGCAGCCGCGGGCAGCGGCGGCGGCGGCGGCAGCGCCGUGCAGCGCGGAGCGGGGGGCUGCGCACUCCCAGAGCGAGCGGCGAUGUGGAGGUGGGUGUGCGGCGGCGGCGAGGCACCGAGCCCGCCUCGGCUACCCGGCCCCGGCCCCGGCCCCGGCCCCGGGCAGGUGCUGACCUCCCUCCCUACCCCGCUCCCUUCCCCUCCUGCCCCUUUCCCGGCUCCCGGGCAGCCCCCGCCGCUCCCGGCAGCGCUGCCCGCAGCGCGGCGGCUCCCGGACCGCCGCUCGCUGCCGGCCCCCGGGGCGCUCCGGCGGCGGAGUUGGGCUGGGGGUGUCGGGGGCUCUUGGAGAAAGGGGAGGUGGCGGAGAAGAAAAAGUUUGGCGGGGGGAUCCGCGGCUCGCCCCGCUGCCCGGCGCCGUGCCCGGGCUGCCCGCGGCGGCGGCGGGGCCGGAGCUGGCCGCCUGCCCGCCUGCCCGCGUCGGGCCCGGCCGGUGCUGCCUGCGCGGCGCCCGAGCGGCCCCGCCGCUUCCCGGGGAUGGGAGGGGAAGGGGGGAACGUCGGGGUAACGAGCAAAGUUUUUCUCGGUGCGACCGAACCCCUGCCGGUACCCGCAGCCCGGCGGGGAUGCGCCGGGAGCCGCGGGCAGGGAUGGAGUGAGCCCCCACGGCUCCCCCGCCGCCCCGGACCGCCGCGGCAGCGCCCGGUGGUUUCCCGGGUGACAAUGGUGGCGGCGGGGCCGGGGGCGGCGGGGGCGGCGGCGCCGGGGGAGGCGGUGGGCAGCGGGGCCGGCGGUGCCACCCGCGGCGGGGCUCGCGUGGGGGGCGCGGGGGAACCCCCGCCCUGCGCCGGUGACCGCGCGUGGGUCGCCGCCGCCUCGCCGGGGCGCGCCGGGCUCCCGCGGCAGUUCGGCUCCGCCGCCGGUGCCGGGGCGCGGGGUGGCCGUGGGAGCGGCGCCGCUCGCCAUCGCCCAGCCAUGUGCGACAACUCACCCAACUUUAUCAUCCCCCCGUUCCCGGCGAACCCCCCCGCCCCGCUCCGCCGUCAGACGGGAUUCCCAAACCCCCUGCUGCCCCAGCCCCGGCGGGGAGGGUGCCCCCCGCUCCCCGACACCCAUCGAGCCGCCGCGGUCGCGCCGUGGAACAUCCCUCGUUCGGUGCCACCGGCCCCUAAACCACCGUGGGGGCUGUGGAUUGGACCCGAAUUUGGGAAUUACGGCCUCAAACUCCGCCGAACCGCGGCCCCAUGCGCCCUACGGAGCCCGGCGGCGGGGCCGCACCUGGGGCUGCGGGGGGACCGGGACCCCUCCGGCCUCCCCAGCCCCCCGCGUUCCCCGGGCCCCGCUGCUGCCCGCGGGCUGCGCUGCAUCCCCCGGCAGGGCCGAGGCCAGGGGGGUCGGAUGGGAAAAGGGGGGGUGACUCUCCCCGAGGUCCCGCUCAGCGGGAGCGCUGCACCCCGGUGUGGGGACAGCGUGGGGACAGAGCUGUCGCAGCUGGCACGGCCGCGGUGUCCGGCGCCUGCUGGCGCGGCGGCCCCGGGGGCUGGAGGGCAGCGCCGGGUGGCUGCAGAUGGUGGGAGCUGGCGGAGGCAAAGCGGCGGCCGGGACAAUGGCGGGAUUGUGCGGUGGCGCCGCUGGCACGGCUCGGCACGGCUCGGCGCCGCGCCCCGUGCCAGCAGCGGGCACUGCCUUGCGCCGCUGGGGCUGAGCGCGGCCACGGCGCCGUGCCCGGUGUCUCCGUGGGUGCGGGGAGCCGGCCCCGUCCCGCAGCCGCGGGGCCCGGGGGCUGUGCCAGGCUGUGCCAGGCUGUGCAGCCAUCGCCCCCUGGGAGGGGGCGGCCAGCGGGGGCUCGGAGCUGCUGGCACCCGAUCCGUGUGGCAUGGUGGGACCAGCCAGGGAGGCUGGACGGUGUGGUGGCUGCAGAAGAAGAUGGGAACUGGUGGAAAUGGUCACCACGCCGUGGCUUCAGCUGGUGUCCUCCCCACUCUGGCACCUGGAGCCCGCUGUGGGACCAUGGGGAGAUCCAUGCGGGCAGGACCCAGCGCUUUGCCGAGCAUCUCCAGCAGUCGAGGCUGGGAACCGCCCGUGGCUCGCCGGCAGCCCCGCGGCACGGUAGCUCCGAUGCCCGGGGGCGGGCGGGCAGGGUGGCAGUGCCGGGCCGGUCUGGCCGGGCCCGUGGCUCCGUGCGCGGCGCGGGGCGGGCGGAAGAGGCGCAGGGCCGCAGGAAAGGCGGCCGCGGGCAGGCAGCCGCGUGGUGUGUCCCAGAGCCGCAGAGUAUGUCUGUGCACUGAGAGCACCCUGAGUCCUCCGCAGCCAGCGCGGGAGGAGACGCCCCGUUGA